AUGAAUAAAGAAAAAGGAAUUUUCUUUGUACCUUCUGCGGUGUCUAGGGAUGUACAAUCUGCUGCUGCAGCAGCAGCACCAGCAGCAGCAUCACCUGCAGCAGUUGCAGCAGCUACAGAGGCUGCUGCUGUGUCUGCCGGUGCCGACAUGGCAACAGAGAGCGAGCUGGCAAGUGCUGUAGCAGCUGCAGGAGCUAGUGCUGCUGCUGCUGCUGCCGGGUUUGCUGCUGCUGCUGCUGCUGCAGGCAAGGAGGAGCCAGCAAGCAGUGCAGCAGAACGUGAUUCUUCUGUGACUACAACAGCUACUGCUGCUGCGGCUGCUGCAGCUACAGCAACAGCGUUAGCCAGCAGCGCAUCACCUACAGCAGCAGCAGCUGCUGCUGCUGCUGCAGCUGCUGCUGCUAAGUCCCCUCGGUUUAAGUUUGCUGCUGUCCCCACACCUGACCACACCGCAGCAGCUACAACGCCUCCAAGCGCUACAGAGGCUUCGCCUGCAGCAGCAGCAGCAGCAGCAGCAGCAGCAGCAACAGCAGCAGCAGCAGCAGCAGAUGGGUCUCCUGCAUCACGUAGGAUUGGGGGGGCUGCAGCAAAGGCAACCAGCAGCAAACACAUUUUGCAUACAGCGCUGCGUGGGACCUUAGCGAACGACUACCAGCAGCAGCUGCUGCAGCAGCAGCAGCACCAGCAGCAGCAGGAGGUUGGCGUCCAUAGACCAGGCUGGGAUAGUGCUGCAGCACAGGCAGCACCAAGACACAGCCGCACAAGACAGCUGCUGCAGCAGCUAGAUGCUGCUGGUCGGUACUUAACUCGCCGCUGCUUCUCUCAGUCCUUUGUGCAGCAGCAGCAGCAGCAGCAGCAACUGCAGCAGCAGGAUGGGCAUAUAAUAGGAGACGAUGUGGCGCAACAGCAGCAGCAGCAGCAUAUAUACCGCAGCAGCACGAACGUAGAAGAGCCCGUGCCUUAUGGUGUGUUGCUGCCUUCCCCCCGAUACAGCAGGAGGAGCAGCGACGAGAGCAGCAGCAGCAGCAGCAGCAGCAGCAGCAGUAGCAGCAGCAGUAGCAGCAGCAGACAGUACAACAGUUUUGCUGCAACUCCUCAAGUGUUACUAAUGAGUAGACCGCAUGCAGCAACAACUGCAGCAGAUACAGCAGGAGCAGCAGGAGCAGCAGCAGCAACACCACUUGCUGCACUUGCUGCUGCAGCACCAUCAAGACUUAGCAGCUAUAAAGAAGCACUAUUAGCAGCAAAUAAAAAAGAAAAAAAACAAAAAAAAGAAAUAAAAAAAAAAGAGACAAAAGAAUUAAUUAAACAAACUAAUGCCCUUAAUAGUGGUGGUUAUGCGCUGCUGCCUGAUGUCCCUUAG